AGUUGGCCAAACAAAAUGCAGGUGCCCAGUGUCCAAUUGUUUAUUUUGGCAGUGGUCGUGGUGGCCCUAGUACGUGGUCGCGCGGUGGAGCAGGAGCACCUCACCAGCCACGCCUAUGGACCAGCCAUACACAUUAGCUCGGGGGUUCUCCAGCUGGCCCCCGAUACGGAGCAACCCCAACUGCUGCUGGUGCCCAAUCUCUACUCCUCGUCACUGGGAAAUCCCUGGCCGCAUUUCUAUGUGGACACCUUGACGGCUUCGCACCUGCCGCAUUCAUCGGUUCCAUCCAUUCCAGCGAUCCCAUUGACCCCCUCUAUCCACGAGCCUCGCAUCGUGGUCAAUGAUAAUGUGGACUUUUCGCAGCUCAAAUUGCCCCAGCAUAAAGUUGUCCAAUCCCACGGACGCUGA